UAAUAAGUGAAGAGAGUGCGCCGUGCUCAGCUGCUCAUCCUCAUCGGAGUUACCCAGGCAGAUAGCAUCUCCGUGCCGAUCGUCGGCGGUAGCUCAGGGAAGCUUCAAUCCUCACCUCCGAGGAAGAGAAAGAGAGGGAGAGAAUGGAGAAGUACUUCGGGAACGCGUAUCGGGGGGACCCGGGAGUGCCGCACGCCGACCCGGAGCGGUUCGUCAACAUAUGGAUAGGGUCCGCCGCUUUCUCUGCCCUCACCUGGUUCAAUCCCUACAUGUGGCAGCUCACCAAUCAGUUCAAUUGGCAUGACAAAGCAUUUCUGUUUGAGCAAUAUCACUGGAAGAAAGCUAGGGCAAAGAACCAGCCUUACAAAUUCAAGUGGAAUGAGUACAUGGACAAGGAUCACCGAGACUCGUACUAUUUCAACUGGCCCGUGUACUUCCCAUGAAGUUAUCUCAUAGCACAAAUGAAAUGUUGUUGCAAAAUGGGAAUCAGAACCAUGUCAUCUCUUACCUGCUUUUGAGAUUAUCUUAGGAACCAUGUGAACUACGGUCCCCAGUUCGCUUUUGUGAUAUCGACUAUUUUGAGCUGUAGAAGCAUUUGAUUGAUAUUGUCGGUAUCACUUUGUUCCGUAUGAUGGAACGUAAGCACGAUGGAAUGGAACCAGUGCACAUGAUCCCAACUA